AUGCAACCCGGAAUUGGAGCCUCCGUUAGGCGGAUGUUUGAUCCAAUCAAACGAACGACAGACUCCUGCAGCUUAGCUAUCCAUGCAUUCAUUCCAAAUGGACAAAUUGGCACUGAUUGGACUGUAUUUCCUGAUGAGAAUGGUAUACUCCAGAUUAUCGACUUGAAGAUUGAUAGUGAAAAAUUCCAGUAUAUAUCCGAAGUUGCGAAUUAUUAUAUAAGAAAAACCAGAUUUUGGCUGUACACUAGUGAUAACAAAAACCAGUAUGAAGAACUGUUCAUUGAUAGCAGGCCUCAUAACAAGACGCAUUUUAAACCGGAUAGGCCUGUUAUAAUGGUAACUCAUGGAUGGAUUCACAGUGGACAUUCACCAUCUGCUCAGUAUAUUAAAAAUGAAUAUUUGAAGAAAAUGGAUGUCAAUGUGAUUGUUGUGGACUGGCAUCUGGCAUCCAGGACAUCUUAUUUGAUGGCUUCUUUUCUGACCGCGAUUGUGGGUGAAGAUAUAAACGACAUGGUGCGCACUCUUAUAAAGGAAUACGAUUUCGAUAUAAAUGAUUUACAUUUAAUUGGGCACAGCUUGGGAGCGCACGUUGUUGGAAGGGCUGGAAAUGCUCUGAAGCGACAUAAAGUGAUUGUUCCUCGAAUAACAGGUUUGGAUCCCGCCCGCCCAUUGUUUGAAUUUCCGAGGGUAUUUAAUGCCAUUAGCAAAAAUAACGCUUAUUUCGUCGAUAUUAUUCAUACUAAUGUUGGCGUGUUUGGAUUUAUCAAAGAUAUAGGACACGCUGAUUUUUACCCAAACGGUGGAUUUAAGCAAAAUCAUUGUAGACAUCCUGACAUGCAGUUUGACUCCGACCAUAAUUGCGCAUGGGUAUAUUAUGGAGAAUCUAUUAAUUCUGAAAUAUUUGUAUCACAUCGAUGUCCCUCCUAUGACGACUUUAAUAAACGCAAGUGUAAUGAUAUACAAUAUAUGGGUUCACCUUGCGAUUCUACAGCGCGUGGGAAAUAUUAUCUAAAUGUGACAAAAUAAGCAAUUACAAAGCGUUUUUUUUUUGUAAAUGUUAAUUGUGUUUAAUAUAUGUUCGUGAUAUUU